GGCUACUGCUGUUGUUUUGUUUGUUUGUUGUUUUGUGUUGUGUCAAUUGCGAAAUUUCAUGGAUAUUUUCAGCAACUUCUCUUUCACGUGUGGAUGGUUCAGGAGCACAACGAGUACAACGACAUCAUGACAAGUGUGGCGGAUAAGCUGAAGAAAUUUGGCCUCAACGACUCCAAGGUCGUCGAGGUCGAGAAGAACAAGGUCACCACGAACGCCCUCCUCUCGUUCCUCGAGAAGUAUGGCAAGGAUGAGCUGGACUCCGGUCAUGCCACGCUUCUGUUCACUCUGGCCUCCUUGCUGCCCAAGAGCAAGUUCAUGACAGAGGAGUACAUCAACAAGCUCUACGACGCAAUCACGAACAACCAGAUUACCAUGAGGCCGCAGCUUGAUGCUGCCCUUGCGUUUUUCCGCGGCUGCCGCGGUGACAUGAGCGGAUUUGAGUCUGCGUGCGGCAUUGGCAUCACUGUCACCGCCGAGGACAUCACCGCUGCGGUGAAGAAGGUGAUUGAUGACAACCUGCCGGAGCUCAAGAAGCAGCGCUACCGCUUCCCGAUUGGCAAGCUCAUGGGUGGCGUGCGUGCGCUGCAGCCAUGGGCGGACCAGAAGGCGGUGAAGGCCGAGGUUGACGCGCAGGUGCUGGCAGUGCUGGGCCCCAAGACAGAGGAGGACAUGAAGAAGCCUGUCAAGACGAAGGUGAAGGAUAAGAAGCCAAAGGCCGAGAAGAAGAAGAAGGACGAGCUCGCCGACACGCCCGAGGAAGUGACGUUCAAGGGCGCCGCAGCCAAGUUCCACAGCGUGGGCGAGAACGACCAGACGGACGGGUAUGUGCUGACGCCCAACACGGUACGGCUGCUGAAGGAGCACUACGACGCUGUCGGCGGCAAGGUGCACACGCGUUUCCCGCCCGAACCAAACGGUAUCCUCCACAUUGGCCACGCAAAGGCCAUCACCUUCAACUUUGCAUACGCCCGCGACCGCGGUGGCAACUGCUAUCUCAGGUAUGAUGACACCAACCCUGAGGCCGAGGACGAGGAGUUUUUCCGGGGCAUUCUUCGCGAUGUCACGUGGCUCGGACACACCCCCUUCAAAAUCACACACUCCUCCGACUACUUCGACGAGCUGUACGCGGCCGCUGUUGAGCUGAUCAAGCGCGACAAGGCAUACGUCUGCCACCAGCAGGCCGAGGAGCUGAAAGGGUAUGCAGACCGGAAGGAGUCACCGUGGCGGGACCGGCCGAUUUCCGAGUCGCUGCAGCUGUUUGAAGACAUGCGCCGCGGCCUCAUUGACGAGGGCAAGGCAACACUCCGCAUGAAGCACAUCAUGGAGGACGGCAAGAUUGAUCCUGUUGCGUACCGCAUCAAGUUCACGCCGCACCCGCGCACGGGCGACAAGUGGUGCAUCUACCCGACCUACGACUUCACCCACUGCCUCUGCGAUUCGCUGGAGAACAUCACGCACUCGCUGUGCACGAAGGAGUUCCAGAACCGCCGCUCGUCUUACUACUGGCUCUGCAACGCCCUCGACUGGUACUGCCCAGUCCAGUGGGAGUACGGCCGGCUGAACCUGUCGUACGCGCUCGUGUCCAAGCGCAAGAUUGGCAAGCUGAUUGCCUCUGGCAUUGUGCGCGGCUGGGACGAUCCUCGCCUCUUCACCCUCGCCGCCCUCAGGCGCCGCGGGUUCCCUCCCGCCGCCAUCACGGACUUUUGCAACAAAGUCGGCGUCACAGAGAGCCAGUCGCUGACGCACCCUGCGCUGCUUGAGGCGUGCGUGCGCGACCUGCUGAACAAGACGGCGCGCCGCGUCAUGGCUGUGCUGGACCCAAUCAAGGUGACGAUUGAGGGCGACUGCGUCCCGUCAGAGGUGGCCAUGCAGAACAACCCUCUUGACGAGGCCGCGGGCACGCACACCGUGCACAUGUGCAACGUCGUCUACAUUGACCGGGACGACUUCUCAGAGAACCCGCCAAAGGGGUACAAGCGGCUGACGCCCGAGCAGCCGGUUGGCCUCAAGGGCGCCGGCCUCGUGCUCUCGCUCAAGUCUGUGAAGAAGGACACGGACGGCAACGUCACAGAGCUCGUUGUCAGUGCAGAGCCCGCCACAAAGGAGAACAAGCCAAAGGCAUUUAUCCACUGGGUGUCGUCGGCGUCGCCGGAUGUGGAGCCCCGCCGCGCCCAGGUCCUCGUCUUCCACCAGCUGUUCAAGACAGAGAACCCGCAGGAGGGUGGCAACAUGAUGAAGAACGUCAACGAGAACUCGCUCGACGUCUUUGACGCCAUGAUCGACGAGGGCGUUAACAACCUGACGCCCGGCACCGUGUACCAGUUUGAGCGCAUCGGCUACUUUGCUGUCGACACCGAGACAAAGAAGGACCAGAUUGUGUUCAACCGCACCGUUGCCCUGCGUGAGGACUCUGGCAAGAAGAAGACAAAGUGAGGCGGCAGCAACGCAUGAGCAGAGAAACGACGACGAUGGACGCCAGCAGCAACUGAUGCUUCUGUGCAUGGAAUUGGUGUUGAUUGUUGUGUCUCUGUUCGCUGUCUUCACCUCCUUUGCCUUGUGCCUUGUCCUUUCCCCUUCCUUUUUCUCUCUCCCUCUCUUUCUCCAUUUGCUGGUGCUUGCUUGGAAUAGCACUUGUCUGUGUUGUGGUUUGUGUGCUGUAUUGCUCGAAAAGUAGACGUUUGUACUCGCC